AUGAUUUCUGAUAAUAUAAGUUGGUUUGAGUUUAGUGAUUGUGGUGAACCUGAUACCAAAUUUUUAAAUGGUGAAACUGGCGGUGAAGGUGAUACACCACCGCAACCAUUAACACCAAUCACAGGGUCAUUAAAAUCACGUUCAAAUCGACAUCGUGGUAACACGAAUAAUGGUGGUACAACAACGCCAUCUACGGGUGAUGCCUUAUCUUCAGCGAAAAUGAAUGGUGUUGACUUUCAAAAUAACAAUAACACAAUUAGUACACUGAAGAAUGAACGACUAUCACCAGCAUCACGUAGUGCAACAACCCCGGAUAACAGUUCACGAUCACGUUCUGUUACACCGUCAUCGUCCAGUAUACCUGGUACACCACCUGGUGCUGAACAUGGUGCUGCUACACUUAGUGGACGUAAUUAUUCGGAUAUUAUGAGAAGUUUAGCUGCCAAGUACAAUAAUAGUAAUCCAAAUGAGUAUUUCAAUUCACCACCAAUACGAAACGGUAUAAUCGAUCCACGUAGUUUUAUACAAAACUUCAAAACGAACACACCUUACGCAAGUUUACUAUCACCAUUAGGUACAACAGCAACAACAACACUAAAUACCUCAUCCUCAUCCUCGUCCUCAUCGCUAGUAAAAGAUCCCACUCCCACAGAAUCAUCCAAAAAAAUCGACAAUAGUAAUAGUUUAUUUCCAAGUCCUAGUAAUAUACCAUUAUUCCCACCAAUGAUUGAUAUGUCCAGCACACAAGCAUUACUUGCUAUUGUUCGACAAGCGAAACAAGAUGAACUCAACAAACUCAGUCUAAAACGUGGUGCUUCUGCUUUAUCAUCUUCAUCCACGCUAGAUAUACAAAGUUCUUCGUCACCAUUAGAUUUAUCAAAUGCUGCCCCGUUGGCAGCGCUAUCAAAACGUAAUCGAGUUUCAUCGAAGUCAACUAGUGCGUUGCAAAUUAAACGUGGUGAGAGUGAAAGUCCUGGCCCACCAAUGUUAAAUAAUGUAAUGACAACCGCAUCUGCAUCGACGUCGGCUUCAUCAACACCUAUUUUAAAAACUGUUUCACCGUGUAGUGCUGCACAACAACGGUUAUGUCUGGGACAAUGUGCAAGUAUUACCGAUUCGGAAGUGAAUUCAUGGAGUGUUGAUGAUGUUGUGAAUUUUGUGUCCAGUAUUGAUAUUUGUGCUGAAUAUGCUGAGAAUUUUCGAGAUCAACGAAUCGAUGGUGCUGGUUUACCAUUACUAACCGAAGAUCAUUUAACAAAUACAAUGAAUAUGAAAUUAGGACCAGCAUUAAAAUUAAAAGCAUUAUUAUUAAGAAAAAUGGGUUCGUGUGCAUUAUGUUUACAUUGUAGUCAUUGUCAUAAUACAAACACCACCAAUACGGUCACCGUCACCACAUCAUCAAAUUCAAAUCAACAAAAUCAUCAAAAUAAUUUGGAACAAAACUCUACACAAAUUAAACAACAAAUCAGUUCACCAAAACCAACAGAUGUUAAACGCCCUGCUAGUAAUAAUACGUGA